AUGGUCGUUCCUAUUGUUCGUAAAGGAAAUGGAAAUGAGAAUGCUUCCAUGAGUCUCCACCAUGAUGGACAUCAUCACGACCAUCAUGGCCAUGGACACGAUCAUCACCAUCAUGACCAUGACCACCACGGUCACAACCACGACCACGAGCAUCCUCAUCCUGUUCCUCCUCCUCACGCCUUGUCCAACUUGUCUGAACGCGAACGCAUGAUUCUUGAACAUGGCCAUGCUCACGAUGCGAUGGAUUCCCCAGGAAGCUAUUUGAAACGCGAGCUUCCUACAUACAAUAACCGAGACUUUUCAAGACGUAGCUUUACCAUCGGUGUUGGUGGUCCUGUAGGUUCCGCCUCAAAAUACAGUAUCGGAGUCGUUACCAACGACAUUUUCACCCGUGAAGACCAAGAAUUUUUGAUCAGCAACAAAGCUUUGCCUCAAGAACGGAUCCGUGCCAUUGAAACUGGUGGCUGCCCCCAUGCAGCGAUUCGUGAAGAUGUUUCUGCAAACUUGGUCGCCCUGGAAGAACUUCAUGCCGAAUUCAAGACUGACCUCUUGCUCGUUGAAUCAGGAGGCGAUAAUCUUGCUGCUAACUAUUCUCGAGAACUGGCAGACUUUAUUAUCUAUGUCAUUGAUGUCUCUGGCGGUGACAAAAUUCCUCGUAAAGGUGGUCCUGGUAUUACAGAAUCUGACUUGUUGAUCAUCAACAAGACAGACUUGGCUCCCUUGGUGGGUGCAGACCUUCAAGUGAUGGAUCGAGAUGCCAAGAAGGUUCGCGAAGAUGGCCCUACAGUGUUUGCCCAGGUCAAGAGCGAUAAGGGAAUGGACGAAAUCGUCGAGCUUAUUUUGGGCGCCGCUAAGGGCUCUGGAUCUUUGUAA